UUUCCAGCCUCAUCAUUUCACCUACAUCCUCUGACUGUUUGGCUGCUGUGGAUACCUGCAUGUCAGAUUUAUGCAACAGUGAACAGGCAUUUUAUGGCGGGACCUGUGAGGAUGAAAGGUGCCAAAUAGAAGGCUCAGAGGUCUGUAACAUGACCAUCCAGACCAUAUUGGACCAAUUUCCCUCACUGCAAGGCUGUGUGUGUGCCUGGGAGGAGGAGCUUUGUGACACUAUACAAGUGCUGGCCACACAAUGCCACCGAAAGCCAGCAGCUCAGCAGAAGAGGAGCACAGUGAUAGACUGGCAGACGAGCAGUUUAAUUGGCUAUGUGUAUGAUGGUACUGGAUCGUGCUUGGAGCAGAUGCGAGUUUGUGUCAGUGAUGCAGUUUGCAACAAGUAUCUGGCACCUGUUCUCCAGGCAUGCAUGGUAGAGCGGUGUGACCGUGACCGCUGUCAGCAAGCAAUACAGCAGUUCUACGGCAGCAUGCCGGACAGUGUUGCAGAGAUUCUGGUCAUGUGUGACUGCGGGGCUGCAGAUCAAAGCUGCCUGCAUAUGAAAACUUCUCUGCACAGUGGCACAUGUGGAGAGGAUACCUGGAUCUGCCAGGAUACAGUUAGCCUGUGUAUUAAGGACAGGCACUGCAGAGACCUAUUAAAAACUUUCCAAGCCAAAUGCUGGAGCUCUGAGGAAGCACGAUGCAGCAGCAUUGACCUCCAAAAUGAAUGUUUCACACAGAUGGAUCCAGCUCUCAUCCUUGGUGGAGAUUCUGAAUGUAAAAUGGCCUUCUUGGCCACUAUGGGCACAACACUCCAUUAUCCUUGUACUUGCAAAGGAGUGCACAAUGCUGAUCUUCUGACAUGCAGCAUGAUUCAUGAUGUACUUCAUAAUAGAUCACACUUCAUGACACCUUGGAAAAGUAAUGAUAGUCCUUCUAAACCUCCUGAAACCAAUGAAUCAGAGAAAGGUCAAACUUGGAUAACCGAAUAUCUGCUGUAUGCUUUUGCAAUUGUGCUACUUGUUGGAGUCGUUAUAUUAAUGCCUUUGGCUAUUAUCAGUAAAAUAUGGGUGUUGAGAAGAAGAGAUAAAAAAAGAUUUCAUCGUCCUCAGAAAAACAAUUGUGUUGUUAUUCUCUGAUGUUUCUAGUUUUUGAAUCAAAUGCAGCACAGAAACAUUAUUAUGGCAGCAUUGUAAGAUUAGGUGCAUUAUGACAUAAUUUCUUAAAAACAUUCUUUUGUAAUGCUCUCAGUGUUGAGUAACAGAUGAUAAUGUUUCCUCAAUCAGCUUUAUUAAAGGAAAUCAAUUUCAGAGGGUUGAUAAAAAGUUUUAUUUUUACUGUAAUCAAGGCCCUACGUGUGAGAUGAUGUAAUGUUUGACAAGAUAUUUAGUAUAUCAGAGAGUUUUGAUUACAACCAUUUUCUUCUUGAACACUGACAACACCUUUCUCUUUCUAAAGUAAAAGAUCAAUCAUCAGUAUUGAUCAAAUGUCUACAGUUAUUAAUCUCUUCAAGUGUGACUUGAGCUAUCAAUUAUUAUAAGUGAAAAACAACACAUCUGAAACAUUUUAGAUUGCUUUAUGUCAUCUGUUGUCUUUUUGUGAUGAUUUAUUAAUGCUGUUGGCCUCCAUUGUAUCAGUUAAUAAACUUCAUUCUGAACACUUUGAAAUUUCACUUUGAUCAAAAUGUUGUAUUAUUUCAGAUGUGAUAUAACAUACUUACUCCAAGCCACAAAAGUUUAAUCUGGACAAUGUGUCGAUCUUACUCGGAUCUUCAUCAGGUCAAAUGUUCGUAAAGAUAGAAAACACACCCAUAUUUAUACAUCAUGCACAACAAUAGGCUGACAAGCUCUAUGAUGACAGGUGUGGUUAACUAUCCAACCCACCCAGGGCGAUAAACAUCUCAAAGCAAUUAAUAUUUCAAUAAAGUACAUAGAAAAGAGCAGGAAUACAAAGGUCAUCCUUUAAAAGAAAAUACAUCAAAAAUAUCCCAAAUAUCAAAACAUACAUCUUAUAUAUAAACAUUACAUCAGAUUCAUCACCAUGUAUAUCAGAAUCAACAUCACAUAUGUUCAAAAAUAUAUUGUAGUACGCUAGGGAAAAAGGAACCUUAAAUUCUUAUACCGAGAUGAGGUCUUAACACCCUUCUAUAAAAUGUUAACUAGAUCAAAUAACAUUAAGGAAAUUGACACACUUGAUAAAUUUUUUAAAUUUUAACAUUUUCAAAUGUGUGUGUCAGAAACUAGAAAUAUAAAAAUAGAAAGCCAUCAUGAAACUACCAACAGUUUUUUAUACUUUAGAGACUUCAGACCUCUAGAUGUAAGAGUCUGGUUGGCUAAGAGGGUAUUCAAAACGCCUCCUCCUCCAAUGUAUCUGAGAUGGGUGAUUUGGGUUACACUGGUCCUGGGUUUCAAUGCAUCUCCUGUGUUCUGUUAUCCUGGUUUUUAUAGCUCUUUGUGUUUUUCCUACAUAUGCUAAACCACAUAGGCAUUUGAUCGGAUAGAUUACACUUCUUAUGGAACAAGAUAUAGUGCCUCUUACUUUCAUUGUUUUUCCUGUUAUCUGGUGGGUAUAUGUGUCACACUUAUGUGUAAAAUUGCACAGGGUGCAUGAACCACACAGACAAUUCCCUGGGGGAGGAUCAAGAAGAGUUGUAUUUUUAGCAGGAAUAAGAUCAGAUUUUACCAGCAUAUGUCUGAAGUUAGGUGGAUGUUUGUGCACUACUUUGGGUAGAUCUUUGAAUUCAUUUUUAUUUCAUUUUUUCAGAUAGUUUUCUCAAAAUCCUUACCUGAAUAUUUUAAAUAGCAGCUAGGACCAUUAUUUGGUGGAGGUGUUUCUUCUUUGAUAAGGUACCCUUCCUGUGUUACAGUACUGAACCUGUCUCUGGCAGCUUUUAACCAAUUUUCAUUAUAUUUAUAUUCCCUCUUUCUUCGAAGCUGUGAUCUAAUUGAUCUGCUUGUCUGUCAUAGUCAAUUUGUUUAGUGCAGAUUCUCCUGAUACAACUGAACUGACUGAUAGGGAGGCUUUUUUCAGUUGGAGUGGAUGAAAAGAUUGUCCAUGUAAUAAAAAAGAACAUUUGUUUCAUUUCUAUACAGGUCUGUCACCAAUGUCCAAAUGUCCAAUGUCCAAAAAACUGAUUGUUGUACAUCAUGAUUAAUGGCAAAUUUUAAGUGUUCAUGGCAGUGAUUGAGAUAGACAUAAAACUGCAAUAAACUACCAACAGGACCAUCAUAAAUCAUGAAAAUGUCAUCCAAAUAACACUUCCAUAGUUUGAUGUGGUUAUGGAAAGGAUUUUCAGGUUAGAAGACAAUAAGAUAAUUUUCAAAACAGGCCACAUAUAGCCUAAGGGUUAAUAAUUUCAGAUGUGACACAUUGGAUGGA